UAUAUAUCCAAGUAACUCCUCUUAUUUGCUGUCAGCAUUUUUUAAAAGUCUUUUUAGUCGAUCAAAAAAAGUACUUAUAUCCCAACUGGACAGGUUCGCAAUUCUGAUUUGGUCUACAGUAUAUAUUGAUUGGAGCACCCAAUCUGAGUAUGGUGGGUGUGUGAAUGUGUAUGUGUGUAUUUGUGAGGAGACAAUCACAAAGAUAUAGGGAAAGACAAAGUGCCAAAUGUUGGACAGAGUUUGCGGAAAAUCGUGAAUUGAAAUAGAAGCGGGCCUACGGCAAUCCCCAACACCACCACUCUACCGCUACUCUUCUCUCUCGCCUCAUCCUUAUCCCUUUUCCAAAAUCCCUCUUUCUCUUCUUCUCUCACCUCUUCUGACAAACCCACUCCGUAUAUGUAAUCUACGUCUCAUCUCUCUCUGAAUUCUUCUCCUCAAUCCUGCUUAUGUAGCUAGGGUUUUUCUUUUCUUCUCUGCCGAACCCUCCAGUCAUCGCUUUGCUUUAGGGCUUCACCUUUAUUCCAUUGAUUUGACGGCUUUUCUUUGUUUUCGCAUCUCUCUCUUCAUUUUCUGUAUCGGCUUCUUUUUUUGGUUUUUGUUAACUGGUAUUCACUGGGAGGGUGAGGGUUCAUAUGGCUUUGGCUUCGGCUUUUUUUCAGAUCUUACAGCAACCCACAAUUGGGGAUGUGUUGCUUGAGCUCAUGCUCUUCAUGGCACCACUUUGGAUUGCGAUUUUUGUUGGGGUUCUUGUUGGAUGGUCUUGGAAGCCUAAAUGGGCCAAUUUGAAUAGGGUAUUCUUCGAAGAUUCUACAGCAUCGCACCGUUGGUCUUCUGGGCGGCCACUGCUGACGGCCUGUGCUUCGAUUCCAAGAUUGAAUUCAGUCAAACUGCAACUGCCCAGGUGGAUUUCUUGGAUUGCUGGCAAUGACUUUGAGAAGGAAACUUCGUCGGUGUCGUCAAAUUCUAGUUCUGACUGCAGUUCAUCUCAGCUAGAACGAGAAAAAUUGGGUCUCGUGACGGAAGAUGACCUGGAGCAUUUAUGCCGACUUGUCGAGGAAAAGGAUGGAGGCCCUGCUUGGAUCCAGAUGAUGGAUCGGUCUACAGCUACUAUGAGCUAUAAAGCUUGGCGAAGAGAUCCUGAGACUGGCCCUCCACAGUAUCGUACCAGAAGUGUCUUUGAGGAUGCCACUCCUGAAAUGCUGAGAGACUUCUUUUGGGACGAUGAAUUUCGACUGAAGUGGGAUGACAUGCUUAUACAUGCUGAAACCUUGGAGGAUUGCCCCAUCACAGGGAACAUGGUAGUCAAGUGGGUGCGCAAGUUUCCCUUCUUUUGUAGUGACAGGGAAUACAUAAUAGGCCGUCGAAUCUGGGAAUCGGGACGAAUGUACUAUUGCGUGACUAAGGGUGUACCCUGCUCCUCUGUGCCACGGCACAACAAACCAAGGCGUGUUGAUUUGUACUAUUCAAGUUGGUGUAUUCGUGCAGUGGAAUCAAAGAGAGGAGAUGGCCAACUGACUGCGUCUGAGGUGCUUCUCUUUCAUCAUGAAGAUAUGGGUAUUCCUUGGGAAAUUGCAAAACUUGGUGUCAGGCAAGGUAUGUGGGGGACUGUGAAGAAGAUUGACCCAAGUGUACGUGCAUACCAUGGAGAGAGGACAUCUGGGGCCUCACUAUCACGUUGUGCGGUCAUGGCACAGAUCAAUACCAAGGUUAGUGCAGACUACUUGAGAUCCUUGGAAUGCAGAAGAACAAGUUCAUCUGAGGUAGAACCCCUGGAUUCGUCCGAGAAACCAUUAGGGAGGAACAUACCCAAGCUUCUAAUUGUUGGUGGCGCUAUUGCACUUGCUUGUAGUCUUGAUCAGGGGCUUUUGACCAAGGCAGUUAUAUUUGGAGUUGCCAGAAGAUUUGCAAAUAUUGGGAAGAGGUUGUGAUGCUGGGUGCUCUGGCAUAUCCAUUCAAAGACACUGCCAACGGAAACAUGCUCUUGCAGCAUGGAACAUCCAAAAACUGGAUUCCUUGCCGUGCUGAUGUAGCAGAGAAGUUCGUAUUCUUUUUUUUUUUUUUUUGAGGCCUGAGGCAGCAACAGGUCAGAAAAAGAGAAUAGGUAAUACAGUGUUGUUCAUAGAAAAUUGAAAUCUCAUUGAAGGAUGUUAUGCUGCAGAUAUAACAAAGAGGCAGAUCCACUUUCUCUGUCAUCUAUCUGGUGGUUGCCUUCUAUUUUAAUUUUGUUUUUGUUAGUUGUGUUGCAUGCACCAAGACUUUUAACAAAAGUUGGUAAAUGUUCUUGUGAAAUCAGGAUACUUGGUAAACGUUGUAUAGAAACGGAAAGGAAAAACAAUGAAUGUCCUUUUUUGCGAGGCUACAACCAGUUAUUCAAUUCAAUUCAAUUCAUAGC